UCAGUCUUAUUUACUCGACCAUUGCUCAAGCGAGUCUGACGUUUUGUGAAAACCUUAGCUGAAUGAAAUAUUUGAGUGUCAAGUGUAAACAUGAACUGCAUGGUAGAUUGUUUUUCCACAAAUCUUUAAGUGUCGUGGUAAAAUAUUUAAUUAUGUAAGACAGUGUUUUCUAUACAAGAACUUAAUCAGGAUCGAACAACGUCGAUUGUUGUAAGCACAAGUGUAACUAACAUUGUUAUAUUUUAAAUAAACUACACCUGUAAGUCGUCCGCAGAUCAUUACGACAACAAGAAAUAUACUUGUUUAACAAACACAAUGUAGUACAAGUUUAGUCUACUCGAUACAAAACAAAAGAAUAUUAUCUAUUGACACGUAUCACUAUCUGUCGUUAAUUGAUAUCAAACAAAUACAUAUGUCGAACAAAUAAAUAAUAGUUCAUUUAUUGUAUUGGUUACAUUUCCGUCCGUCUGUUGUCCGUUGUAUUCAAACACAAGCUCUCAGAACGUCGUGCGCUGUAGUAGCUGCAGUUGAACCAAGCAUGAACAUAAAUAAAACAUAGACGAAAAUAAUAAAUAGAGAGCAAAAUGGCAGAAAGCCCUGAAGGACAGGAUAAAAUAGAAGAGAAACCUUUAAAUAAAAUAAAAGAUCUAAGGAAAUAUAAGGAGAAAAAUUUCACUGAGAAAUUAUGGCACAUAAAGGAUAAUAUAACUGUGGAACCUGUACUAGCUGGUCUCAUUAUACCCAGUGUUAUCUCCCGAUUUGCCAUGACAAAUUUUAAUUUGGACAAAUCAUGCAGAGUUUAUUUCCAGUUUCCUGAUGAAGUUUGCGGAGCUCUGGUACAUAAAGCGGGCCACAGUAACUACACAGAAUACGAAAAGCAGGUACAAAAAUUGAUAUCAUCAAUUGAUAUUUGGAAAAGCAUAAUUCAUACAGCGUUGCCAUGCAUAAUAAUAAUGUUUCUUGGGGCAUGGAGUGACAGAACCGGCAAACGUAAGAUCAUAAUUAUGCUACCAAUAUUUGGCGAACUUGUAACAUCUAUUAGUAACCUAAUAAAUGUAUACUUUUUCUACGAAAUUCCCGUUCACGUUACCAUAUUCUUAGAGACUAUAUUUCCAUCUAUAACCGGAGGUUGGGUCACAAUGUUCCUCGGUGUAUUUAGUUAUAUCAGUGACAUAACAUCAGAACGGUCCAGGACUUUUAGAGUAGGAUUAGUGAACUUUUGCAUGACCGCUGGUAUACCUAUUGGCCUCGGAAUGAGUGGAAUGUUGAUAAAGAAGUUGGGAUACUAUGGAAUAUUUGGCACAACAUCAGGAUUGUAUCUCGUUGUGAUUUUAUACGGCUGCUUUUGUUUAAAAGAGCCUGAUGAUUGGCUGAGAGACAGGGGACUUCCAGUUAUCGAACGCGGUGACAGCAAGGGCGUAUCGUUUUUCGAUGUCACUCACGUUUUGGACACAAUUGGCGUAGCGUUUCAGAAACGACCCUCGAAUCGUCGGGUCAAAGUGAUCCUCACACUUCUGACUGUGUUCAUUCUGUUUGGACCAGCUAUGUCGGAGCAUAAUGUGUUUUACCUCUUCGUAAGAAAUCAACUUCAGUGGGAUAUGGUAAAGUUCAGUAUCUACACAAGUUAUUCCAUUAUUCUGCACUCAAUAGGUGCGAUGUUCUGUAUAACAAUAUUCAGCAAGAAGCUGCAAAUCGACGAUUCAUUGCUUUGUCUUAUCUCGAUCACCAGCAAGUUCGUCGGAUCAGUGUGGACGGCCUUUGUCAAGACAGACUUGGAACUGUAUUUAAUUCCCGUGGCUGAAUUGCUUAACGGUACGACAUUUACAUCGCUACGCUCAAUUAUAUCCAAAUUAGUAGAAAAACAGGAAACCGCAAAAGUUAAUUCAUUAUUUUCGUUAACGGAGACGGUCGCUUCUCUGAUCUUUCAACCAUUCUACUCCUGGCUCUAUAUGAAUACUCUCCAGGUUCUUCCAGGUGCUGUAUUCCUCGCAAGUGCUAGCUUGAUCGUACCAUCGUCUUUUAUACUUACUUUUUUUUAUGUACAACAUAGAAGAGAAUUAGCAAGUUUAAGAAAAAAGGCACUGGAAACGGAAGAAAAAAAAGAGAAUGAAAUGAAAACUACAGAAAAAGCUACUUAUCCAGAAGUUAAUGUAAAAUGUGCAUAAAAAUAUAAGACUAUAUGAUUUAUUUUUAGAAUAUUAUGUUAUGGUUUUAUAAUAAAACUAAUUUGUAAUUUAUAAAAAUAAUUUAAUUUAGUAUAAACAAUAAUCAAUAGAGAUAACAAUGUCAAGAAAAAUUAUUUCAGCUUAAAAGACUGUUUUCACAUUCUAUUGUCCUCGUAUAUACAAAAUUUCCAUCCAAUGUUUCAGAUAGAAAUUAGCAUUUUAGUAAAUUUUCUCAAAUCGUCCUUUAGAAGUAUGCAAUUUUGGUAUUAUUGAUUCCUGUAAUUAUGGUAAAGUUACACACAGGUAGAGAGUUUAUACAAUUAAAUCUAUUGUUAAAUA